AGAAAGUGUCCCAGGGAACAAAGAACAGAUGCUUCCCUACUCCGGCGGCGUGACAAGGUUACCUCCUCACAUCUCCUGACUGUAGCCAUCCAAAAUCAAAUCUUUUGGGGCUGCAGCCAGAUAGAUAAAUCUCUGUCACACCGAGGAAGAAGACCCAGCGGCGAUUCAUCGCAUCUCGCCUCUGUGCCCCCCUGGCCGUGUCCCGCCUCUGGAGGAAAUCAACCAGAGAGGGAAAGGAGGUGGAGAGGGAAUAAGAGUUCCUUCCUCCCAGUGGACGGAGGAGUACAAGGGCUGGCUGCGACGACUGGUGGAUUUUCCUUCCUUCUUGCGGUGGGAGGCGGCGGCGGCGCGGCCAUGGCCAAGCCGCUGAAGGUCUACCAAGUCUGGAAAGGCAACAACAUAAUCUGGUGUGGUGGAAGGUUGAUCUUUGGACCAGAUGCCAAGGCCACUCUACUAUCUUUCGCGCUGAUCGCGACCCCUGUUGUUGUCUUUUGCGUCUUUGUGGCCAAACAUCUCAUACACAUAUUUCCUGCAUAUAAUGCAGGGUAUGCAAUUCUGGUUGUUACUGUAGCCCUGACAGUUCAUGUACUGUUACUGCUCUUCUUGACCUCAUCUCAAGAUCCAGGUAUUGUACCACGGAAUUCACAUCCACCUGUGGAGGAGUUCUCUCAUGACGCUUCAGCUCCUCAUACUCUUCAGUUCCCUCGGAUAAAAGAGAUUAUGGUCAAUGGUGUGCCUGUGAGAGUAAAAUAUUGUGAAACUUGCAUGUUAUAUCGGCCUCCUCGCUGCUCCCACUGUUCGAAAUGUGAUAAUUGUGUCGAGCGGUUUGAUCACCACUGCCCUUGGGUUGGUCAAUGUAUUGGACAGCGCAAUUACCGCUACUUCUUCUGGUUUGUUGCUUCCGCAGCAGUCCUGUGUUUCUAUGUAUUUUCAAUGUGUGCAUUGUACAUCAGUCUUCUCAUGAAUAAGGGCCAUCAUUCAGUAGUGGAGGCAAUUAAAAUAUCUCCAGCAUCAGUGGCAGUCAUGGCGUAUUGUUUCAUUUGUUUCUGGUUCGUUGGUGGUCUCACCGGAUUUCACUCAUACCUCAUUGCAAAUAAUAAGACAACAUAUGAGAAUCUCAAGUACAAAUACAGCAACCAACCCAACGCGUUCAACCUUGGCUGCAUGCACAAUUGUUUUGAGGUUCUCUGCACGAAAAGGAAGCCUUCUAGGAUCAACCUGAGAGCCAUUGUUCAAGAGGAACACGUGGCAUCCCAGCCACGGUUCAGCCGCUCUAGUGCACUGGAAGAUGAGACGCCCCAUCGUCCACGAGCCAAAGUGGAGGAUGAUCUUGAGAUGGGACUUGACAUCCUGAAGACCACACGGCGCCGGUCAGAUGAAUUGAGUGAUGAAGAGUUCGGAACUGGAAGCAAUGGUGCGACAUACCACACAACUGGCUGCACGCCUGAUUCAGAUAAUGAGAUUCCUGUUAUCAGAACUAUGACUGAGAGCUCAAGUGAAGCUAGGGUCCUGGACAUUUCAGUUGGCAAUGCUGCAUGCCCCUCAUCUCCUGUGCAGAAAUAGCGCUGCAAUGGACUUUGUUGAUUGUCUAUGAGUCUGUCGUUGCCCAUAUGUGUACAUCACCAAGUUGUUCAUCGGGUGAGGGUCAGGAUGCUGAAGUUUGGAUGAAUUUGGGGAGUUCUGAUUGAUCACAGGGUUGUUUCUCUAAACAUUAGUUAUGCAUUUUAUGUUGCAAGAUUCCAGGAAGAGUGUCUGAAGAUUGUAGAUUGCUAACUGUAUAUAAUUUGCAGAGCUGUAGACCAUUGAACUGUAAAUUUUCUCCUUUUUAAAUGCUUCCUCAGGAACAUAUAAUCAGUAGCUGGUUUGGUAAA